AUGCCUAAACCAACGUAUUUUGUUGACGAUCGCCUCGUUCCACGGAUAAAACAGAUACUCAGAGCAUGCAAUGGUAGAGCAAGUGUGUCAUAUUUAACUGAAGAGUUGCAGACUCAGUAUGGAGAAUAUGCUAGAAAGAAGAAGAAUGCUUUGGUGAAGUCAGUUGAAAAAGGUUUGGCAGUGGCUAGAAAAGAGCUACAAAAGGAAGGCAUUCAGAUAUCCACCAAUGGCAGUAGCAGCAGUGACAGUGAAGCGGACUUUGAAGCUGAUCAACAUAAAGGCACAAAUAUAAUGAACAGUAUGAUCAUCAACAUGUACAAGCAAGGACAACCAACAACUCCUAUCUCUGGCCAUAAAGUGGUUAACUCGGCCUACAUUACCUCAGUGUCUUCAUCUGUAGACUCACAGAGAAGUUCUCCAAAACUGUCUGGGGCUCAUGCUGAAUCAAAUGACUUCCGAAGCAGAGAAUCUUUGAAAUGGUGCAUUGACAGGAAAUCAAACACCAGUACCCCUGCAGAAAAGAUGGAACUAGAUGCCAGUCAUAACAACAGCAUUCACCUGGCUACAGGCCACAAUCACAUAGGCUUGGUUGAUGGCGAUGCUUCCAGUGAUAAGAAUGUGGAAAAUGUGGAUUCAGCUAAGAGUGGGCAGCCAAAGAAAAGACGAAGAGAGUCACCUGAUGGAUUAAAAAGAAAGAAACAAAAGAAGCCUGUUUACCCAGAUGUAACUUUUUCUGAUGUUGGAGGAAAUGAAAGUGUCUUAGAGCAUCUCAGAAAACGAUGCUACUUUCUAAAGCAUCCUGCAUUGCUGCAAUUAAUGAAGAAUUUACCGAGAAGCUUUUUGUUUCAUGGCCCGACUGGAUGUGGAAAAUCUCUGCUUGCAAAGUCUAUAGCUGGGGAGUACAAAGUUCCCUUGCUGAGUGUAACAGCUACAGAGUUAGUAGGAGGAAUAUCUGGAGACUCUGAAGCAAAUAUUCGAGACUUGUUUAACCAGGCUGCUGAACUUGCGCCUUGCAUUCUCUUGAUUGACGAUGUUGAUGCUAUAGCCACCAAGAGAGAAACAGCAACUAAAGGCAUGGAGAGUAGAGUUGUCACGCAGCUUUCCAGUAGCAUGGAUGAUCUGAAGUCAAAAAAUUUGCCUGUGUUGAUGAUAUGUACCACAAGUAGACCAAAUUCAUUGGAUGAAGCAUUUAGAAGAACUGAACGUUUUGACCUUGAAUUUGCUUUGAGAUACCCCAACAGAGAUGCUAGGAAAAGUAUUCUUCAGACUUUGUGCCAGGGAGUGCCACUUGCAGAAGAUGUGUCCUUGUCUGCCAUUGCUGAUCUCACUCCAGGUUUUGUGGGAUCUGAUUUGAAGUCGCUGAUAAUUAGCACAAAUGCUUGUACCCUGCACCGAGCAAUUUCAGAGUAUGUGAUGCGGAAGCAAACUAACGUGGUGAAUGGCAGUACGGUACAAGAUGUUGAAUUCACACAAGAGGACAUCUGCAAACUUGACAUUGCACGUUCUAUGGCUGAUUUUCAGGAAGCAAUGAUUGAAGUGAAACCAACAGCCAAACAGGAAGAUGUUAUUUUGGUUCCAAGUACAACCUGGGAUGAUAUUGGAGGCCUGAACAGUAUAAGAGAUAAACUAAAUCUGUGUAUUAUGGAACGAACCAAACGGCCAGAAUUGUAUCAGGCCCUUGGAAUGACAUCAGCAUUAGGAGUGCUGUUAGUUGGACCUCCAGGUUGUGGCAAGACAUCUGUUGCGAGGGCAGUUGCAAAUGAGGCAGGAAUUAACUUCCUGUAUAUUAAAGGGCCAGAACUGUUGAACAAGUAUGUUGGAGAGAGUGAGAAAAAUGUGCGUGACCUCUUCAAGAAAGCUGGUAGUUUGGCUCCCUGUAUUAUUUUCUUUGAUGAGAUUGACUCCAUUUGCCCAAAGAGGUCAUCAGGGAGUGAGGAGGGAUCAGCAAGCCGGGUUACCAAUCAGUUGCUGCUGGAGAUGUCAGGACUGGAGCAGAGGACAGAAGUUUAUAUAAUGGCAGCAACAAACAAACUUGACUGUCUGGAUCCAGCAUUGUUACGACCAGGCCGUAUGGAUAAAAUUAUUUAUGUGGGACUGCCCAGCCCUGAAGGAAGAGUUGAGAUUCUUAAAGCCCAUACCAAGAAUGGUAUGAGGCCCAAGCUUGCAGACGAUGUUGAUCUGGACUACAUUGGCAAAGACAGGAGAUGCAAUGGCUUCUCAGGGGCCGAUUUGGGAAACCUGGUGCAGGUGGCUAGAGAGGCCUGCAUGGAGCAGAUUAUUAAAUCAACAGAUGCAACCCAUCCAUUUGUAAUGCCUGUAGUAAAUAAAGAUCACUUUGAAACUGCCUUUAAGAGCGUCAGUGCAUCUGUAGGCGCAGAGGCCAAGAAAAACUACGAGGCAGUAAAAAGACUUUUGGAAAAUAGAACAGAUAAAAAAGACAUGGCUGAAAUUAUUGCAGAUUCAAGAUCAGAUGUGAGGCCGUCCAAGGAUCUUGCUUGA